UGUCUCCUCUCCCAAUGGGAUCCUGCUUUUCCGUGAGACCAGCAAGAUGAUCACGACCUACGGGAACCGCAUCCUGACGCUGGGCGAGGUGCCGAAGGAGCAGGUGUACGCGCUGAAGCUGAAGGGAAUCUCCGUCUGCUUCUCCAUGCUGAAGGCGGCGCUCAGCGGCAGCUACGUCAACUUCGGCGUCUUCCGGCUCUACGGGGACGACGCGCUGGACAACGCCCUGCAGACCUUCAUCAAACUGCUGCUCUCCAUCCCGCACAGCGACCUCCUGGAUUAUCCCAAGCUCAGCCAAUCCUAUUAUUCCCUGCUGGAAGUUCUGACCCAGGACCACAUGAACUUCAUCGCCAGCCUGGAGCCUCACGUCAUCAUGUACAUCCUGUCCUCCAUCUCCGAGGGCCUCACCGCCCUGGGUAAUUCCCGAGGAUCUCUGGGAGUCGGGAUGGGAGCGGGAAGAGAUCGGAGUCGGAGCCUCAAAUCCCGUUUUCCGCGCCGGAGUUUGUCCCGCGGCGCCAGGAGGGAUUUCAGAGGGAGGGAGGGAGAGGUGGGAGCGCCGAUCCCUCCCGGAAUUCACCGAGCCGGGGAUUUGUGGGAUGGUGGAAUUUUGGAAUGGUUUGGGUAGGAGGGGAUUGAAAUCCCAUCCAGCUCCAAUCCCAGUCCUGGGAACGCCUCCCCCAAUCCGGGUGAUCCCAACCUGGCCUUGGACACUUCCACUUUUUUUUUCUCCCAAACUCCAUUUUU